AUGGCGGCUACAGAAGUGGACAAGCAGCAAGCGCAGCCGGAUCUAUAUCUCGUGUCGAACGAAGAUUCCGUUUACGAGCAAGACAUCCUCCGCGACGCUACACGUGUUAAGCCAUGGCUCGAAUAUAUCGAAUUCAAGACUCGCCAUGGAAGCGUCAUAGAACGGGCUUUUGUGAUGGAGCGCGCUUGUAUGACGCUGCCGCGAUCAUACAAGCUCUGGAAACUUUACCUUACGUUUCGCGUAAAACAUAUCUCGAAACUGAACCCAGCCACGCAUGCCGCCGAAUUUAGAAAAGUCAACGCUCUGUUCGAGAAGUCACUGAUUCUUCUACACAAGAUGCCGGUCAUAUGGGAAAUGUACCUCAAAUUUCUCAUGAAGCAGCCCCUGGUCACACUUACUCGGCGAACGUUUGACCGAGCCCUCCGAGCUCUACCGAUCACCCAGCACAACCGCAUAUGGUCAUUAUAUCUUCCCUUUGCCAACGCAGCUUCCGGAGAAACUGCUGUCAAGAUAUGGCGACGCUACAUGCAAGUUCAUCCGGAAGAUGCCGAGGAUCUCAUCGAGCUUCUGAUCCUCAGGGGCGCCUACACUGAAGCAGCAAAACGAUACAUAGACAUCCUGAACGAUACGCGGUUCACCAGCAAACACGGAAAAGGUCACUAUGAGCUCUGGAGCGAGAUGGUCGAAAUGUUGGUGGAGCAUGCGCCUGAUAUCGAUACAAGCUACGAGAACGGAGUCGACGUUGAGGCCAUCAUCAGAUCUGGCAUAAUUCGGUUUAGUGACCAGAGGGGAAAGCUCUGGGUCGGCCUCGCCACAUACUGGAUUAGGAGGGGAAGCUUCGAGCGAGCGCGCGAUGUCUUUGAAGAGGGUAUCACGACCGUCAUGACGGUCCGGGACUUUACUCUCAUCUUCGAUGCUUAUGUCGAAUUCGAGGAGUCCAUCAUUGGGGCCUUGAUGGAUGCUUCCACGUCUCGUGCAGAAAAGGGUGUUGAUAACGAGGAGGCAGACCUGGAGCUCGACAUACGGAUGAUGCGGUUCGAGAAUCUUAUGGACCGGCGUCCAUUUUUGCUCAACGAUGUCCUGCUUCGACAGAACCCUAACAAUGUGCCAGAGUGGGAGAAGCGCGUUGCUCUCUGGGGCGAUAAGAAAGCCGAAGUUGUCCAGACGUACACCGACGCGAUUGCGACGAUCAACCCGAAGAGGGCUGUUGGUCCAUUUCACCAGUUGUGGGCUAACUAUGCCAAGUUCUACGAACGGGGCGGUGAUCUCAGAAACGCUCGCAUCAUCAUGGAAAAGGCCGUCAAAGUCCCGUUCAAAUCGGUGGCAGAGCUCGCCGAUAUGUGGAUCGAAUGGGCUGAGAUGGAACUUCGAAACGAGAAUUUCGACGAUGCGGUUCGAGUCAUGGCCAAGGCUAUUCAAGCGCCCAAGAGAUCCAACGUCGACUACUUUGACGAAACCCUCUCUCCCCAACAGCGAGUGCACAAGAGCUGGAAGCUGUGGAGUUUUUACGUGGACCUUGUGGAAAGCGUUUCAACGCUGGAUGAGGUGAAGAAGGUGUAUGAGCGCAUCUUCGAGCUCAGAAUUGCGACUCCCCAAACAGUUGUGAAUUACGCCAACCUCCUGGAAGAGCACAAGUACUACGAAGAAUCCUUCAAGGUCUUUGAGCGCGGCCUAGACCUGUUCAGCUAUCCCGUGGCCUUCGAGCUGUGGAAUUUGUACCUUACCAAGGCUGUCGAUAGGAAGAUUGGCAUCGAACGAUUGCGGGAUCUCUUCGAACAGGCGGUGGAGGACUGUCCGCCCAAAUUCGCCAAGACGAUUUAUCUCAUGUACGGCAAUCUGGAGGAGGAGCGUGGCCUGGCCCGACAUGCAAUGCGGAUCUACGAAAGAGCAACGCGUGCUGUUGCCGAUGAAGAUCGGGCCGACAUGUUCAAUUUCUACAUCACCAAGUCGGCUUCUAACUUCGGUCUGCCAUCUACACGACCCAUCUACGAACGAGCAAUCACGGCUCUCCCCGACAACGAAGCGAAGGAAAUGUGCCUCAAGUUCGCCGAUAUGGAGAAGCGACUGGGCGAGAUCGACCGAGCAAGAGCCAUCUAUGGGCAUGCCUCGCAGUUCUGCGAUCCGCGAACAAAUGCGGAUUUCUGGACCAAGUGGGAGCAGUUCGAAGUGCAGCAUGGCAACGAAGACACGUUCAAGGAAAUGCUGCGAAUCAAGCGAAGCGUCCAGGCGAAGUACAACACCGAUGUCAACUUUAUCGCGUCACAAGCUUUGGCACGGAGUCUCCAGAAGCCAGAGGGCUCCCCGGGCGCAGACACCACGGAUGCCAUGGCGGCCUUGGAGAAGCAGUCUUCGACGCUACACGGCUUCGUGUCCGCCAGCACAGGGCCCAAAGACACAAAGCCGAGAGAGGAGGUGGUGGCAUCAAACCCAGAUGCUAUUGAUAUUGACAAUCUCGAUGACUAA